CCUGAGAAUCUGCCUCCUCUGCGGAAUAACGGGGACAUCUCUGAUUAUAAUGGCUUAAAAGUAACAAAUAAAAAAGUGCAGUUCAUUUUGAUGUGAAACCGGAGCAGAAUGCGGAUCAGGCGGCUCCAAAAAGCAAACACAUUGAGAUUUCCAGCUGAUGUUCUGUCCUGAUCCUCUUCCGUUUCCAUCAUGUCUCUGGCUCAGAGGGUCCUGUUGACUUGGGUCUUCACCCUGAUUUUUCUCAUAAUGCUGGUCCUCAAACUGGACGGGAAGGUGCAGUGGAAUUGGUUCCUGAUCUUCCUCCCCGUGUGGGUGUUCGACGGCAUCCUCAUCCUCAUGCUGGCGAUAAAGAUGGCGGGGCGCUGCAAACCCGGGUACGACGGGCGGAACGGCUCCCCCGACCUGCGUCUGCGCGCCUGGUACCUGAGCGCCAUGCUGCUCAAACUGGGCUUCUGCCUCACCCUCUGCGCCAAACUGGAGAGACUGGCCGACGUGAAGCUGACGUUCGUGUGCAUCCCGCUCUGGACCAUGCUGCUGGGAGCGCUCAUCGAACUGGGCCUCAACAUUUUCCCCGAGAGGAGAGAGGCCUAGAGAUACACCACCACGGGAUCAAAACAGUCUGACAUUUUUGUGAGAUUAAAAACUUUGGUACAAUUUAAAUACGCACUGAGUAACUUUCUGGUGCAGGUCGGCCACCAGCUCGUCUCCAUCGCCUGAAAUGUUUCUCAAUCUGUAGUUUAGUUUGAAUCACUCUUUAUUUGUCAGGGACCUUUGUACAAAUUCAUUAAGCUUUUAAAAAAGAUCAUUUGUACCAGAUUUUGUUCCUUGGGCAGAUGAACACACUAAAAGACACUAAAACACAUUAAAAAUACACAGUUACAGUGAUCCUUCGUUUAUCGCGGGGGUUACGUUCUAAAAAUAACCCACAAUAGGUGAAAUUGUAUUAUUUUUUACACUUAUUAUAAAUGUUUUAAGGCUGUAAAACCCCUCACGACACAGUUUAUACACAUUUCUCAACACUUUUUACAUCCUUCUUAAAACUUAUCACUGCUGUCGUCCUUUUGUUAUUUUCCUCCUUCUUUAUGUAACGAACCGAAGAUUAAUUUAUUCCGUUACGCCGCUUUCAGACGCGUAACUUCUACCUUCCGUCAGCGUGUCCAGAAGUCCAACUUUUUGUGCGACGGUUUGCAUCUUCGUUGACAUUCUGCGUUUUGUCGGGGAGAAAACUUGCAAACAUACAGCACUUCAGAAUCACACGGCUAGAGAUUGAACGUUUAUGUAAAUUUGGCAGCUGAACGCAUUUUGUACUGAACAAGAAACACGGCACGGAGGAGAUUGAUUGACAGGUGUACAGUCUUAGCCAAUCAGGACGCAGGGGGAGGAACACAAUGCACCUUCGUACUCUGUAAAAAGGCCGCGAAAGGUGAACCGCGUUAUAGCGAGGAACGACUGUACAUUAAUCUUACAUCUUAUUGAUAAAAAUCUUAUUGACAAAAAAAAAAAACUCCACAGAUCUAAACUGUAACUUGGCCUGGUGAUGUCGCCUGCCUGUUACCAUGGAGAUAGAUUAGUUUAAUGACAUAUUGUGCGCGUUCAUACACUGUUAAAAAAAAAACAGGCAAAAUUGCACACAAAAAAAUCUGCUAAACAGCGAGACUGCGAAAGGUGAACCGCAAUAUAGGGAGGGACAACUGUACUUUGUAACUUUAAACAUCCUUUAAACAUUAGUAAAUUACAUUUCUGGAAUGUUCCACAAUAUGACAUUCCAUUUUUCAUCUUACAUCUUAUUGAUAAAAAUCUUAUUGA